CAAAAGAACCUUACAUCCUCACCAAAACUUCUGGACUUUCAUUCUUCGUGCUGUUAACUGUCAGUCUCGCAGCAUAAAACUCCCGUGUUGAUAUGUAAUAUUAGUGACAUAUUCUGUCAAUUAUGUGUUGGAUUUUCAAAGGCAUUUUAUUUGUUAAAAAAAAAAAAAAAAACACACUCGUGUACUUUAUAUUAGGAAUGGUACAACCCGGAACUUAAAAUAAUUAGCGGGACGGUUUUUCAGUUUGCAAACAUCCGCGCUGUAGUUCCAACUCCGCGAUGAGUACCAGAAAGGGCAGAGGAGCCAAGGUGGUGCCCGCUAAACCAGUUGGCAACCAGAAAACCUCCCCGUUGGAUUCUGACAACCAAUCUACCAUUGAUAGUGCUAUUUUCAUUGAAGGGCUACAGCAAGAAAAUGGUAACCCGCUGCACAGCACUGCCAUAGAAGAAGAUUUAAACACACCCGUAAUAGCCCAGACGACAAAAACUAGAGUGGGGAAGAACUUGACAGAGACCGUGAAAGAAAAGGUCAAAACCAGGCCUUUGAAGAAGGAUCAAGCAAAGAUAGAAAAGGAGAAGUGUGAUUUGGCCAGUCGAAGGGCAAGUGAUUCAAAGGCUGAAUCGGCAUCUGGCCCGAGCUCCAAAAAGAAACGAAAUGAAGUCCUGUCCUCUGAUGACGACACAGAUGAGGACACAAGCUGGAAGCCAAGUCCAAAAAAAGCAAAAAUGCUCAGUCUGGGGAGAACCAAAAACAAGUCCACAGACAAGGUUGAAACAGAGAAGAAGAAAAGGCAACAAUCUCAGGGAGGAACAGAGUCGGAGGUGGUGUUGGAGGCCUUCCUCGAUUUCUGUGAUGAGUACAGGGAUUCCAUAGAGUCUAAAGCAGUCCAGCAGUCAAUUGAUUGUUUCUCCGACAAUGUCAAGGAGCAACUCUCGGAAAAGAUUUCCGCAUAUAGGGAGCUCAAGGUUCUGAAACGGGAAAAUGCCAAGGCGUGCUCCACUCUCCGUACAAAGACACAGAGACUAUUGGAUGCCAAGGACGAGCUAAUUAGUGCAGAGAGGCAACUCGGCCUGCUCCAAAACGAGAAAGCUGACCUCGAACUCCGAUUGCGAGAUCUGCGAAGAAGCCAAGCCUUCCUCCGAGAUAUCCGAGAACUCAACAAAGUCUAUCUCGACUACCGGCGUGCACACCCGAAAGAGAACGAGACGUACGGUGUAUCCAGUUUAGCGGCUCUACUACUGGAGACCAAGCAUAUUCAAGGGGCAGAGCGCCAGCUGAGACUCAUCAAUAACAAACUGGAGGAAAAACUGAGGGGGAAUGGCAAAUAACGUGUUGUGCUGCGCAAUCGUAUCCCAAUGCGCACAUUUGGAGACUCAACAUUUACGAACGCAUUCUUCUUGGUUAAUAAUGAUAAAUGCACCGCUGUUUACAAAUGUCAAAAUGGAAUGUCUUUCCGAAGUUUGGGUGGAAGCAUAGUAUUUGACGCUUCUGUUUCAAAACGCCGCGCACUGGACCGACGCGCGCGUUGAUUGGCUCCCCCUGUGGCCAAUCACGUGUGCCUCGAGUCCAAAUGUUGCCCAAUCGCUGGUGUGUUUCGUCAAGGUGUCUCGACGUGCAAGCGGCGUCUGAUUGGCUGGGAGUUUCAGGUCGUGCCGGACUCGGCAGUCGGUCCAGCUCGCUCGCAAGUCGUGUCACGUAAGUAUGUGCUCCGGUAGCCGUCUUUCGAGUUCGCGUUUGUUUCACUUGUGGGGAAUAUGUCGCGUUGGUUGUUUAGCUCGCGUGUAAUACCGCUUUGCUAAGCUUUGUUAAGCGUGUGGCGAAAACGCUCGCUUGUACUAAUGGGCCACAGUGAGAGCAUGGGAACUUGUAAGAAGUUUUAUUUUUUAUUUUUUGCUUUCGCCACUCCUCCUCCUCCUGCUAGCUUCCGAGGAGGGCGCAGGGCAGCCAAGACAUUUGUCUGUAUACAGUCGUGCACUUUAUUUGUCCGAGCAAAGGUCUUUCGAUGUUUCAUUCGCUACCCGGCAACAUGAUCAGAUACACGAGUUUAUUGUUUUACAAGAGUUGUGUUUCAAAUGUCAGCUCACCCUUUAUGUCGGGGGGGUAAUAUCCAAAUGUGUGUAUAAUAAAUAAAUAAAUAAAAAAAUAUAUAUGUA